UAUAGUCUCGUUAAAUCUAACACUGGCCUUUCAAAACCCCACUGGAAUGUACCAGCCUUUUUGGAGGCCGACAGCGCUGAUCAGAUACAACCAUUUGCACUCCACAGUCCGGAACUUCUCCAAAAUGGGGCGCACAUAUAAUGAUGCUAUCGUCGCGCUCAAUUCGCUUCAGUCGAAUUACUCGAUUGUCCAGAAGAUCCGCAAAUCGGGGGGACGGAUGAAUGAGCAAGCCAUGACUGAGAUGAUAGAAUGGUGUGAAAAGGUUGGAUACAAGCCAUCGGACUUUAACAAGCUGAAUCUAAUCCAUAUCGCGGGGACGAAAGGCAAGGGCUCGACAUGCGCUUUCAUCUCUUCGAUUCUUUCUCAGUACGCCCACCUACAGACUUCCCAGGGCGUCGAGUCGUCCUCCGAGCCGAAAAUCAGCAAAAUCGGCCUUUACACAUCCCCACACCUUCGAUUCGUCCGUGAACGGAUACAAAUUAAUAACACACCGCUCUCCGAGGAGCAAUUUGCUAAAUACUUCUUCGAAAUAUGGGAUCGAUUGGAAGAAUCUGCGCGAAAAAGUGGCAUGGACCCCACCGACCCGGCCGGAAAGCCCAUCUACUUCCGGUACCUUACGCUUAUGGCAUGGCACACGUACCUGAGAGAAGGUGUGGAUGCCGCCAUUAUAGAGUGUGGGAUUGGAGGGGAGUAUGAUAGUACAAAUAUUUUGGAUAAACCUAUUGUUGCAGGUAUUUCGAGCUUGGGGAUUGAUCACGUUGAGCUGCUAGGUGAUUCAAUCGAACAGAUCGCCUGGCAUAAAGCUGGAAUUAUUAAGCCCGGAUCGAUAGCCUAUACCGCGCCGCAGCCAGAAGCGGCUUUGGAUGUUUUGAAGCGGAGAGGAGAAGAGACGGGAGUCGAAGUGGAAGUUGCCUCGGGGCAUCCGGAGCUAGCACCUGGAAAAGUUCAAUUGGGCUUGUCUGGCGAUUUUCAAUAUAAGAAUGCGGAACUGGCGGUGGCCAUCUCAACUUCGUUUUUAAGAGCAAGAGGCGUUGCGGAUGUGCCAUCGUAUGCUAACGGCGAGCCUCUAACAGAGCCAAUUCUACGAGGCCUGGAAAAUACCCGCUUGGCCGGAAGGUGUGAGGUCAGGCGAGAGAAGAAUGUUGCCUGGCACAUUGACGGAGGCCAUACGCCAGAAAGCAUUGAAGCCACGGGGAGAUGGUUCUCUUCGCAGCCGUACACCAGGAAUGCUCUGGAUGGAGGAAAUGGCAAGAAUCAGGUCUUGAUAUUUAACCAGCAAUCUCGUGACAGUUCUGCUCUAGCGCGUGCCCUCUAUAGCAUAUUGUCCGCAGGAAAUUGCUCCUUUACCCAUGCCGUGUUGUGCACGAAUGUCACAUUUAAGGAAGCAGGAUAUCGGCCGGACCUUGUGAGUAUAAAUGCAAAUGCCACAGAGGUGGAGAAAUUGAGCGUGCAAAACAGCCUCGCAAAGACGUGGCGGGAGAUGUCGCCAGAUACCACCGUGGAAGUGAAAGGCACGAUUGAAGAGGCGGUUGAAUACGCCCGAAAUCUAGCAUCUGGCGAAGGCGAUGCUAUGGUUUCCGUGCUUGUGACGGGCAGUCUACACCUAGUUGGCGGCCUGAUUGAGGUUUUAGAGACGAAGCCUUUGCCAGAGUGAGGUAACAAAC